AUGGCCACCAAUGUUACAUUGUUAAAAGAAGAGCCCUUGGGAGAUCAAGCCAAAGAACAAUUGGAAACUCUUGAGGUCGAGCCUACCGCUAAGCAACUUGACAUGACACGCUUCAGGGUGAAGAAAAUCGAGGGACUCGAGUUCUUGGAACAGUUGGAGUAUUUGUGCCUCCGUUGGAAUUUGAUCAAACGCAUCGAGAAUCUACACAUGCUCACCACUCUCACCGAACUCGACCUAUACGACAAUCAAAUUGAAAAGAUCGAGGGACUUGAGACUUUGGUCAAUCUGCAUACUCUGGAUUUGUCUUUCAAUCGGAUUCAAAAAAUUGAAGGUCUCAAGACUUUGGUCAAUCUCCACACUCUUUACCUUGUUCACAACAAACUAUCAAAGAUUGAAGGUCUUGAAAAUUUGGAAGCACUUGAGUACCUUGAAUUGGGAGACAAUCGCAUUAAAAAGAUCGAGAAUCUCGACAACAAUGUCAACAUUCGGCGUCUCUUCCUUGGCGCUAAUCAGAUUCGAAAGGUUGAGAACAUUGGCCAAUUACAAAAGCUUGACGUGCUUUCAAUGCCUGCAAAUAUCAUUUUAAAGAUUGAGGGUUUGGACGAGCUUCCUCAUUUGAAAGAGCUUUACUUCUCGCAAAACGGCAUUCAGUGCAUCGAAGGUCUCGAAAAGCUUCAAGAUCUCGAGAUUCUUGAUCUCAAUCAUAACAGGCUCAAAGAAGCUCGAGGAUUUGCUCAUCUCCAAAAACUUACCGACUUCUGGGCAAAGAUGAACAAGCUUGAAGAUUGGUCGGUUGUGGAUGAAGAGUUGGUGCAUUUGCCAAACCUCCGCCUCGUUUACCUCGAAGAAAAUCCAUUCUCCAAAGAUAAAAAUUACCGUGCUCGUGCCAUUCAAUCUCUUUCUACAAUCACUCGACUCGAUUCGGACUUUUGUCGCAAGGAAUCGGAUGUCGUCAAGAUU